UUCUAUUUUUCUUCCAAAUGCAGUUUCACUUUCCUCCAUUAUCCCCCAAGAUGGCAACAAUUUGUACCAAAAAUAUAACAAAAUAAAAACCGGGUUAUUCAUUAGAAGAGAUCGAGAGAAAUCUUUAUUGACAGCGCAGAGAGAGAGAGAGAGAGAGAUGGGGAGAGGGAAGAUAGAGAUAAAGAAGAUAGAGAACAUAAACAGCAGACAGGUGACAUUCUCGAAACGCAGGGCGGGGCUGCUGAAGAAGGCUAAGGAGUUGUCCAUUCUCUGCGAUGCCGAGGUUGCUGUUAUCGUCUUCUCCGGCACCGGCAGGCUCUAUGAAUUUGCUAGUUCAAGCAUGGAGCAUGUUCUGGCAAAGUACAACAAAGUUCCAACCACUACAGAACCUGCUAAAGUUGAGAUUGCUGCAGAGGUAACACUGAUUAAUCAUGAUUUGCAACCUCAAGUGUUCAAGCAUGAUUUGCAGCCUGAAGUAAACGCUUUAAGAGCCGAACUUGCAAAGAUGCAUCAGCUGCACUGUCGAAUGAUGGGAAAGGAUCUUGAAGGCUUGAACUUCAAAGAGUUGCAGCAUUUAGAGCAUCAACUGACUGAAGGGAUAUUAACUGUUAAGGAUACAAAGGAGCAAGUACUAUUUGAGCAGCUUGAAAAAUCAAGAUUGCAGGAGGAAAAGAUUAAACUAGAAAACCAAGUUCUACGCGAGCAGAUCGAAGAGCUUCGACGCAGCUCCAGGCCGUAUCAAGAAAACCAUCUACCUGAAAAGAAGAACUUCUUGGCAAGCUUAAAUGCAGUGUGUGAUUGCAGAUCAAAAAGAGAAGGAAAUUCAGAUACUUAAUUGCCCUUAGUGCUAUAUGUAAUCAUGUCAGAAUUGAAGAGGAAAUUAGCAAAGAUGACUGAAACAACCACCUCCAAUGAUUCACAAGUCUAAUAUAAUGUUCCUUGAUGAGCAAUAUACUAGUUUGUUGAUUCACAAAGAAAAAUGUGUCUACUAUAUUAUGACUUGCUAUAUAUGAAGUAUGAUUAGCAUUUGCAGAAGCAAGUCAAAGCCCAGACAUAUGAACCAUGAGAAUGAAUGAAGAGGGAUUGCAUUAGCCUUCCUGUUUUUA